UUGUCGAUGUCGCUCGAUGACAUUGUUGCAUGUGGCUGAAUGUUACAAUGCCUCGAGCAAUCGUGAAGGAGAUUCCUUCCAAAUUUGUGAGACUAAUCCCCUGUCUCUCUGUAAAGGAGGCCUGGUCCCAUAUAGCGCAAUACAUCAUCAACGACCUCAUUCUGUAUGGAGGAGCAAAAUGUGAGUUUAUGGCUGUCAAGUAUAUCGGCGAUGGCCCUCGUUACGACCUUGGAGCGGUUAUUCUCCUGAAGGACAGAUCGCUGAAAGAAAGACUCCUGUUUCGAUCGCCCAAGGCUCGACCAGUGUGUAUGCUUGAGGACAUCCUAGUUUCACCAGAGGACAUCUCCACAGAAGUGUCGUCUGCUAUGAAGAGAGGCACAAAUGCUUCCUUGAGAAUGAGCUACGGUUCCUACAGUGGCAAGGACACAUCUCAGCGAGCCAGCAAACGGGUUUUCCUUACUUUUAGCAACUGCAAGCGGCAGGUGUUGGACCGUAUCGAGAUGCUGAAGGGCACCAUUAUAGAUCUCUUUGCGUGCGAUGCAUUCGGUUUCAACGUGGAGAACUUGUAUCUGGUUACUGACGUCAUCUACAGCCAGGACAUCUACUUCAGAGUGACAUACAAUGGCGAAAGCGUCGAGUUCAGGAAAGACAUCCGUUGGCCAAUCGCCUUCAAACUGUCCAAAUUCACUAUCCUGUACGACUCUGUGCUUGGUGAAAUACAAAGCAUCCCAAAAGGAAUAAAGGUCAACUGGCGGGAUUAUCUUAAUCUCCAGGUGGUUCGAGUGUCAUUCAUCGGUGACCGUGAGCGUGGCUACGGUGACGACAUGCUGCGUGUUGCUCGACGACGUCGUCGGGACCGGGAACUCCGUGCUCGGCAUGAUGGUAGAAUCUCAUGAUUCUGAAAAUUUUCUCUUAAGAGUUUAAUAUUUGUGUAGCAUUCCAAUAUUAUUUAUACGGUACCUCACACCUUGACUUGUUUACAUGCUAAGACACAUGGUUGCUUGAAAACAGUUGCCUUGAUAUCAUAUCUUCAUAUGUUGUUAUUGUGUUUAGCGCUUACUAUGUUGUACAACUAUGGGUGAGAGAUUCUCGUUACAACAGAUCAUAAAUGCUACUUUGCUUGUUUUCACGUUACUUUUCAUGUGAUAUAUAUUUUAGAUAAACGCACUUGAAGGUGGGUGGGUUGUUUAAGUUAAUAAAUUUCAGGUUUGUCUUAAUGCCAGAUUAAGAGAUAUGCGGCAUGAUGUCAGGGUCUGUGUAAAUGACAAGAAAGAAACUAGAUAUAUGGCUUAUGUGUUGGUUAGAUUUAUGGCCUUUGGUUAGUUAUCGGUUAUGUGCGAUUUUCGCUUGGGGCAAGUGGUGACAUCUCUAUCUGGACAUCCAUAAGGCUGAAAACAAAAUUCACGCUGGGGCAAAACAUCUGUAACAUCUUAAAUAUAUACGUUAUAUAUCUUUUCAACCAAAGGUUGGAACUGGCUUAUACUUCUUACCCGUGUGUCUAACGAUCGUUCCAACAUCUCUAUUUUAUGUUUUUAUGACCAAUAGGUAUUACAAAAGCGAGCGUCAAGUAAUUGUGAGAUGGUAUAGGAAAUAGUUAUUAUUGUGCUCAUAUGAGCACCACAUAGCAACCUUACAGUGAACUGCCCAUUCUGUUUCCUGGUGUACUCGCUUAAGGCGUGCAACAAGCUGUUGUUUUGGAUUGCUUCCUUCAACUUCAACUCGGUUUUGUUUGCAAUCAAGUUAUGAUAUCUAUAUCUUCAAGGGGAUUGUUUUCAUAAUAUAACAGCACGAAGACCUGGAUUUAAUUACAUUUGGGCAAAGUAGACUUUAACGUGUUUAUCCUCUGUCUUCGGAAUCAUUUCCUAUUGUAGGGUUACAGAACUAUAUCACAUUUUUGU